GAAGUAGCCGUAGCAGAAGUCAACUUUCCUGCCUGGGCAAAAACUGUCGAUCUUGUCUAUCCUCGUGCUUUGAAAAUGACAUUGAAACCAAAACAUAUAAAUGUGGCUUUUCCAUUGGUGACAACUUUAUUAUGUGUUAGUCGAAAGGAUUUUUUUGCUCAACAUUGGUUAUCUGUAUUGGAUAGUUGUUAUCAAAAGUUCAGCAAGGAUAAAUAUACCCGUCAAAUGGCACUUGGAUGUGUCUCACGUCUGACAUGGACUUAUCUCUUCAGAUGCACCGAAAGUACCUCGACAACAUUCAAAAAACUUGACUUGGUGAUUAAAACUCUCUUUCCUCCUUUUCGACGCUCUAUUUACCCUUCUGAUGUAUCAUUGGAUCACCUUAUUCUUAUCACUUACUAUGCCUUGAUGCGCGACGUAGAA